AUGAAGAGAGGCAUCACAAGCAGGAAUAACUUCUUUAGGGAAAGUGAUCAGUUGCUCAUAGAGUUCAGGUUGCUCUUCGCGAUGUUGACAGUCAAUAUCAAGCGUCAGUCCUCCACUAGCGGCCAUAUCCUCCAAUCUUUGAAUAUAAAUUGGUCGAUUCAGAUCCAGAGGAACACCAGUCGUCAAACCUGGUUGGCCCUCAAGAUCUCUCAAUUUGAAAGACAUAAUGAAACGCUUGAAACGUUCCAUUACUCUAGCGAUAUUGACAUUGGUGCCCCAUAUAACAGUCUGAGCCCCAGGAUCAGCAGAAGAACCGGUUUCAGUAAGAUUUCGCAUGGUAGACGCUUCAUUAACACCGGGACGAAUAGAACUUUGUUGCUCACCAAUAUUGCUACCAGCAGUACUAGACAUGUCGGUAUAUGAAAGCGGAGUUUCUGGGCCAAGUUCAGAUGUCCUCAAACCAGAAGGAAUAUCAGACUCCAUCGGUUCAUCAGAUUGUUGGGUUCUCUGUGUUCGUGGAGAACGAGUAGGCGCUUCAACCUGUCGCGUUCCAGAUUGGAAGAGAUCUGA